AUGCUAUUCCAUCCACUCCUUAUUUAUCUCGCGCUCCAGGCGAGCGGUGAGAACGCCGACGCGUCCCAGCGACGAUCCUCUCAGUUGAGUCCCCUUGCGGACGGUACAUUCGAUUACGUGGUUGUUGGUGGUGGUACAGGCGGAAAUGCAAUCGCGACGCGACUGGCGCAAAAUUCGUUCAAGGUCGCACUGGUGGAAGCUGGAGGUCAUUACGAGGUACAGUCUUUAGCAGCGGUUCCUGCGGCUGAUGUGCUUCCGGUCGGAUCGGAUCCUGAUACAUCCUUUGCUGUGGAUUGGGGAUUCGUUACGAAAGAUCAGCCGGGCGCUAAUGGGCGCUCCAUUCACUAUGCACGAGGAAAAUGCCUUGGGGGAUCAUCUGCCCUCAAUUUCAUGAUCUAUCAACGCCCAACCGUCGAAUCUAUGCAGCAAUGGGCCGAUGCAGUCAAUGAUACCAGCUAUACCUUCGAUGAGACCCUUCCAUACUAUAAGAAGAGUGUCCACUUCACCCCACCGAAUGAUAAACUUCGAGCUUCCAAUGCGACUGCCAAGUACAAUGCCGACGCAUUUAACAUAAACGGUGGGCCCUUGGAAGUUUCCUAUGCCAACUAUGCUCAGCCAUUCUCAUCCUGGAUGAACCUGGGCAUGCAAGCCAUUGGGAUCAAAGAGGUCGAUGACUUCAACCAAGGCUCAUUGAUGGGAGGGCAAUAUUGCUCUUCGACAAUCGACCCUGCAAGCGAAAUACGCAGCAGCUCCGAGGAAUCCUUCCUCUCAAAGAUCACCCCAUCUAGUCUAACAACUUACACAAAUACUCUCGCGAAGAAGGUCGUGUUCAAUAAGAAUAAGAAAGCAACUGGCGUUCAGGUCAAGGGAUUACUGGGAAACACUGUUACUCUUUCGGCGUCAAAGGAGGUUAUCCUCUCCGCGGGUGCUUUCCAGUCACCUCAACUUCUCAUGGUCUCCGGCGUUGGACCGGCCGAUAUCCUGAAUGAGCACGAAAUUGAAAUCGUUGCUGAAUUACCCGGAGUUGGUCAGAAUCUCUGGGAUCACCCGUUUUUCGCCCCUUCGUAUCGAGUCCAGGUCUCCACCCUGACCGAGUUCGCGAACAACCUCCUCUAUGCGGCGGGCAAAGUUAUGAGUGGCAUCCUGAUGAAGACCGGCCCCAUCACCAAUCCAGUAUCCGACUACCUGGCAUGGGAGAAGAUUCCUCAAUCGCUACGGUCGACGUUUUCCAAGGCAACCCAGAGUGCAUUAUCACAAUUCUCCAAUGACUGGCCCGAGGCCGAGUACAUUUCUGGGGCCGGAUAUAUGGGUAACAUUUCCAACCUUUUGCAAGAUCAGCCCAAGGAUGGAUAUCAGUACGCCUCGAUGCUCGGAGUACUGGUCGCACCGCUUUCCAGAGGCAACGUGACAUUGAGGUCAAGCGAUACAUCGGAUUUGCCCAUAAUUAAUCCCAACUGGCUUGGUGAUACUGCCGACCAAGAAGUUGCCAUUGCUAUAUUUAAGCGGAUCCGGGAAGCUUUCCGGAGUGAUGCAAUGGCCCCAGUAGUUAUUGGCAAGGAAUAUUAUCCAGGCGAAGAUGUCCAGUCAGAUGAGAGAAUUCUCGAAUUUAUCAAGGAUAAUAUGAUGACCCUGUGGCAUGCCGGCUGCACUUGCAAAAUGGGAACCUCCGGUGACGAAAUGGCUGUGGUCGAUUCGCAGGCUCGUGUGUAUGGAGUCGAGGGCUUGCGAGUUGUUGAUGCUAGCGCCUUCCCAUUCCUACCUCCCGGCCAUCCCCAGUCUACAGUUUAUAUGCUUGCCGAGAAGAUUGCUCAAGCUAUAAUUGAAAGCUCCUGA